AUGAUGGCGUCGGUCGGCGCGUCACUGCCGCUUCAUGAUGCCAAGUCGACUGCGACGACCAUGCUGUCGGCUUUCCGCCCCCCGCGAACACAAAGAACAAAGACAAUUGCGCUAGCAGUUCUCGCAUUAUUAUGUUUCCUUCUUAUGCUGCGGUCCUCUUCCAAGCGAGUCGAACCUGAUUUUUGGACCAAAUUCCCCUCUCGUCAUCCUUUUCCUGAGCGCCCGGAAGACGCCCGGGUUGUUCUCCCUCCGCGGACCGAUAUUGAUCUGAACCAUACCCUUCCCCACGACUUGGACAAGCCAAACCCACGCCUCCAUGUCCUGGUUCCAGCCCUACAGGGCUCGCGCGGCGUUUGCCGAACCCUCACCUCAGCCAUGAUCCUUGGAUACCCACCCCCGACAAUGAUUGGUUAUGGCAGUGAUUCUCCCGGAGCGACCGAGGCCGAGCGCAUGGUGGACCGGAUCACGCGAGCACGCAAUUACCUUCGCGACAGCAAGACCGUACAUGAUAACGACUUCGUGCUGAUGGUAGAUGGGUUGGACACGGUUUUUCAACUGCCACCGCAAGUACUGAUACAGCGGUUCCAGAGUAUCAUCCGAGCGAACAACCAGAAGUUGGAGAACAAGUUUGGGUUUAUAGAUGUGCAAGGGGAGAGGCCCGACACUCCGUUCGAGAGGAUACCCAAGUAUCAUCAGCGAGUUCUGUUUGCUGCUAGCAAAACCUGCUUCCCGGGACUACGGGAUGAUCCUGGUUGCGCGAGUGUGCCAGAAUCGUCUUUACCACCAGAUGUAUAUGGCUGGAAGACAGAUGACGAUGACGACACUUCCUACAACCGACCUAGAUGGUUGAACCCUGGAGCAGUCAUCGGACAGGCUGCUGAUCUGCGUUUGAUCUAUGACGAAGUCUUGCGGGAAGUUGGCCAGCACCCAAAUAAGACCGGAGACUAUAAGGCCCUAACGCAGAUUUACGGCCGACAGGAGGUAAUUCGAGAGCUAGAGCGCCGGCGAACCGUCAAUGGAUUCAAAGAUUGGGUCCAUCGCGUGGUUGGCAUUUCCGACGCAUCAAACCUCACCGGAAUCACUCUCCGGCUAGAAGCUGGCCAUCGCUACGAGUACGGAAUUGGUGUUGACUUCGAAUCUCAGCUCUUUUUCAACCAGAUGAUGUCCCGCAAGGAUGUGGAGUGGAUGAAGUUUAACAACAUCACCAAGAUGUCAAUGUUGCAGAUGCAGCACGGUGUUCCGCGUGAACACCGACUCCUUCUCCCACAUGACAUUGCGGCUCUUCCCAACCCUUUCAAUCAGUCUCGGUUCGCAAAGGAGUCAACACUGAGGCCAGUGUGGAAUGCAACACUGGACAAACUGCCCAACCCAAAUAAUCAUUCUUGGAACAAUGUCCCAUUGAUGACGAAUCCACACUCAGCUUCUGUGCCUGUGCUAGCCCAUUUAAAUGGCGACUCCAAGCUGCGGAAUGCGUGGUGGGAGAAUAUGUGGUUCUUCCCAUGGGGCCGCGCGCUUCUUAGAAAAUACGUUCGCAAUGCGCACGGAUUUGAUGCAGCGCAGUCCGCGCUCCUUGGCGGACAGGACUGGUUGGAGGUGCGCGGGGGCCGGGGCGGGUUAUGGACGGAUAAGGAGAGUUGGGUCACCCUAGCGGAGGUUUGCAACGGCCAAGAGCGAGAUCUCUUUGAUGAUGGCCUCGGUCUCUGGUCAAAGGAAAUCGAUGACCCAGAUGCCCCGGUCUACAACCAGUAUGGCAAUCUGGUUAGCGGGAAGGAAGACCCGAAAGACGUGAAUAAGGAUUCUCCUGAUCUUUGGUUCUAA